UCCAGUUGCAUGAAUCGUUGGCGGCAACUACAUCACGAUGGACCCCCAAGUGUAUGAGCAAGUUCUUCUCGCCGUGGACGUGUGCCAUGCAGGGUCCAGCGCACAAAGCGACCGAAAUGCUGCGUACAUGUACUGCGAGACCUUCCAAGAACGUCUCGAUUGCAUUCAGUACGCGUUCUACCUGCUUCAGGACCCUUCUCGGCCUUUCCACCACCGCCAUUUUGCGUUGCACGUGGUGGAGACGUGGGUUCGAAAGCAUUGGAAAGCAUGCUCUGGCACAGAUGAUGCAGUCAACUACCGUGCCAACGUCCUGACGAUCAUGGCGUCGCAUCUCAAUGCAGACGAGCCGACAUUUCUCAAAGAGAAACUGGUAAAGGUCGUGUCGGACAUUGCCAAGCGAUCAUUUCCACAGCGCUGGCCCGACAUGCUCGACCACUUGAUGCAAAUUUGGUCCGUGGGUCCUCUCCAGACGGAGCUCGUGAUGCUCAUCUUUCGGUCGAUCGCUGAGGACUGCGUGAGCUCCACGUUCAACUCGACGAUUCCUCCUACACGCCGCAAGGAUCUGCUGCAAGGACUGAACGCGUCCUUCCCAGCGCUUUUCCCAUGUGUGUACCGCGAACUCGAGGCCCAGUACACUCGUUUGCACCAACAGGGUGCGCAUGCUGCUGCAGUCAUGUUGGCAGGGCUCCAAAUGAUGAAAGAAUUUCUCGACUGGAUGCCGGUGACGACGCCCGCCGCUCCAGAUGCCAAUUUCAUUUCGGUGGCAGGACUCCUUUUGCAUCCAAACCUGGACACACCACAACUCCUGUCGUUGCAGAUUGCUGCCGCCGAGUGUCUUGAAGAGUACUUCUCGCGUUCGUUUGGAAAAGAGAACAUGGCACUGCUCCAUCAAGCCAGUCUCACUUGCUGGUCGCACAUGGCUGCAAUGUCUCUGUCCGGCCCCGUGGACGACAACGACACCCUCCUUCUACACACACACAUCAACCGCAUCCUCGUGAGCUGGGGUUCCCACCAACUCGACGAAUUCCUUGCCGAUGACACAAGUCUGCCCACCCAGUUCACGGUGCUCCAGAAUUACCUCGGCUUACUCCAGACCCUGUUUAGACACCCCAGCAUGCUCAUCACGGAGUCCCAAGUGAUUGUGUGGCUGAAUGUACUCAAGCACCAGUCGUUCAAGAAAGUCGCGCAGUUUGUCGACCUCAACUUGCUCUGGACGACAUGUUUAGACAAGUACUUUAAGCUCAACUCGCCCGACCGCGACGACGCAUCUCCCACGUCGCUGCUCGAAUUCGACGAUCACGAUGCGUACAAUGCGUUCUACGGGAACUUUCGAGGACGCCUCUACGGGAUCCUCCGCCUCCUCGUCCAGAAAGAGCCCGCCGUCGCACUCACUCAUCUCCAUGAUCGACUGCAGUACGUUCUAACUGCCCACGCCGCUGGCCGCGACCACCUCGACGACCUUGGCCACUGCACAGACGCAACGACUGCUCACCUCUACCACGAAGGCAUGUCGUCGCUGUUGGACUGUCUCGUGAAAUCUCUGCCCGACUCCGUGUACGAGACCCCUGCCCUUCUCCGCCACUUGGGGCAAUCCGUGGAGUUGCUCCUGGCCUACCAAACGACGGACCCGUGGCUCCUGUUUCGCCACUGUCUAUGCCUGUCAUCAUUUUCCAAGUACUACAUGAAGCAGGUCGACCCGCCCAUGUACCCUCGCGUUUUUGAUCGUUUGUUUGGCUUGAUUGUGUUUUGCGAACCGGGCGAGUCGAUCCAUGGCACGAUGCGGCCUACGUCGACGAACGUGCGCCGGCGCGCGUUGGCAUCGCUCAUCUCGAUAUGCAAUACUGGUCCGCUACACGUCCUGCCGUACCUCCCCGUCCUGUGCACGCAGGUGCUGGCGUUGUUUCCGCAAGUCCUCGAUAGCGAAAGCGUCCUCAUGUACGAGAUGCUCGUGGUCGUGUCGAAUUCGAUGGCGACGUUCGACGAACGCCAUGCGUUCAUCCAGGAAAUUACGGCCGCACCACUCGCGCAAUGGACGUCGCCCGAGAUGACAGCAGUCGCGUCGUCCGAGGAUGCUCUCGUGAAAGCAUUGGAGCAAAACGACGCGACGGUGAUCUUUGGGCUAUUGAAAGUGCUCACGACGUUGUAUGGCAUCGCCAAACGCAUCACGUCGCUGGCAUCGAACCAACCAACCGACAAGACAGCCCCACUCCACCACCCGUUUGCCUCGGUGUGGCCGGUCCUGCUGCCUAACUUGACCGCGCUCGUUCGUACUUUGCACGGCCUCUCGACGCCUCUGGCCCGUCAAACACUUGAACAGACCACGACCAGCGCGCGCGGGAUCCUCUCCAUGUCCCUUGAAGAAAUCAACCAAGCGCUGCUCGGCAAAGAACAAGUCGACGUCGUGGACUCCGUCCUGAUGAAGUACGCGCGGUGGGCGAAAAACACCCGCGACAUUUGCUACCACCUCCUAGGGUGUGCCUUUGGCCAUGCCAGUGUGUUCGCCACGAUGGACGUGCCGUCGCUCAUGCAAUCGUCAGUCCUGACCAACCUCGUGUAUUUGGAGCACCGCCACUGGAAAACGUUCUUGUCAAGUGUGUGGCUGCCGUUCGUCAAGUCGUGUCCACCAAGUUUGUACGAGUCGCUGCUGCAGCCGACGGUGUGGCACGUCCUAUCGCACUUGGCCGACCGAUUGCACACAGGGUACAGCAAAACGGCGGCGACGGACCCGUUGCUGCCGCGCUUCGCUGGCGUCAACAUUCAAAGCACGACCAUCGACACGGUGGCCCAUGCUGUGUUUGUCGAGGUCGUGCGGUACACGGUCGAUUUUAUCGAAGCCAUGAUCGACGCCAAGACGGUCGUCGACGUGGAGUCUGCCCAUCCCAAACACGUCGUCGUGGAAAGCGAUCGCAUUCUCCGCGAGUUCAUUGUGUCUAGCGAUGGCAUCACGCGACAACUCGUGCAGGUCCUGGUUGGAAUCCUCGGGUACUCGGACACGCUGAGUUGCCGACGGGCGACUGGGCUCCUCGACCGGCUUGUGUCGGUGCUGUUUGCACAACCACAGUACCACACGCUUUUUGGCAAGGACGUGUUCACGUCGGCAUUGGUCGUGCUGCUCGCGCACUUCCACGAUGUCGACGACGGGCUCAAGUGGGAGGUGAUCAACUUGCUGCGCAACAUUUACUGCCGUCUCACGCUAGGGUUGCUACCCGUGGAAGAGUGCAAGGGCUUCGACCCGCUUCAUCAACCUGUCAAGCCUGACAGCGACCUCUGCUUUGCGCCCCGUGCGAUCUUGGCAAGUUUACACGGAGUCCAGCCCCAUGAAAUCGCCGCGCUCGAAGCGUCGUUGCGAUCGCACCACAGUGUCAAGACCCAAAAGAACUUUGUCAAAGAGUUUUUGGAAAGCCCUUUUCUCGCGUACGUUGACGCCCCGCACACGUUCAAGGCGAUCGAUGACUUGCCGGAAGCGUUGGCAAGUCAUAGAAGACCGGCGCAUCCGACCACCAGCGACGUGGAUGUGUCGGGUCUGUUUGGUGCGCACCGCGAGUGACUCGAUGGUUGGCGGUCGACAACAGCUCCGAUCACGUGCAUGCUUGUUUACUGGCCCGACCCCUGCACGAGCAAAGUGUGGAUAGCUUGCGGUGGACAGGCCGCCGCUCAGUCCAUUUUAGACACCCACAGCAUGCAUUAAGCUCAAGUAGACGCAUCUUAUUUAUGUCGAGCAGCACGGAUCGAUAUUGCCG